UGCAAUAAAACUUAUUGUCAAAUGGGUAUCGACUUUUAAUGGUAUAAAGAUAUCGUGGUACACACAUUUUGGUAUGUAAGUGUCGUUGGGUCAAGUCUAGUACAUAUUGGCUCAAUUCCAUGUAUCAUACCUUCACGAUCGCGAGCAGUAUUGACUGAAUUCGCCCCGUUAUUGUUUACAACAGUCAUUAUUGUUAUUAAGUAAAUAGAAUAUCGUGAAGGUCUUUAUCACUAGUAAUAAAUGCCAGAUAAUUACUACAUUGCGUAUGUGUGUGACAGUAUAAAUAAAGCAUUUAUGUAAAAAGCGAAGCUUUAGUGAGAUGGGUACAACUGUGCGGCUGGUUGUUGUGCUGUUGUUAUUUUUCGUGGACAAUGGGGAAGGGUAUAAUAUAUUGGGGGUGUUCACAUUCCCCGCGAAAAGUCAUCAGAUGUUUUUUCGCGCUGUUUGGGAAGAAUUGGCUCAUAGGGGUCAUAAUGUGACUGUGAUGACCGCAGUGCCUUUGAAGGAUCCCAGUAUAAAAAAUUUAAAGGAAAUUGAUAUCAGCUAUAUAUUUCAAAUGGCCGAAGAACAAAAAUUGUUUGAAAAAGAUGAAGUUCCUAGCAAUGGAUUAAUUUUAUGGAAGGGAAUAACAACGAUGUUGCAAAAUCUGACAGAAGAAAUCCUCAAGCGUCCUGAGACGAAUGCUUUCCUUAACGACAGUUCUCUUAAUUUCGACGUAGUAUUAGCAGAAUUUGUACCUCCCGCUUUUUUCUACUUAAGUGAAAAGUUCAAAUGUCCCCUGAUACAGAUGACCUCCAUGCCUGCUCAUAUUAUAACGUUAAACAACAUCGGUAAUCCGAAUCACCUUUUGGAAACUGUAGAUGGAAAUCUGCCGUUCGGAAGAAAGUUGAAUGUCUUUGAAAAAGUCGUAAACGCUGUUUAUACAUUCUUAUUUAAUGCUCAAGUGCAGGGAAUAUUGUAUCCGCUACAAGCGGAAUUAGUGAAGAAAUAUUUGUCUCACGGAGAAGACGUGGAUCUCGCGGCACUAGAGAAAGACAAGACGAGUCUCGUUAUUUCUAAUGUAGUCCCAGGAAUAACGGAAGUCCAUGCAAAGGUACCAGCGUUAAUUGAAGUUAAUGGGUUACAUUUAACGCCUCCGAAACCUUUGCCUGAAGAUAUAAAAGAAUUUUUGGACAAAGCUUCUGGUGGAGCAAUUUACUUCAGUUUAGGCUCGUCAAUUAAGAUCAACAGUGCCUCAAAAAGUACUUUUAGGCAAUUCGGGGAAGUUUNCUAGGAUAUAAAAGAAUUUUUGGACAAAGCUUCUGGUGGAGCAAUUUACUUCAGUUUAGGCUCGUCAAUUAAGAUCAACAGUGCCUCAAAAAGUACUUUUAGGCAAUUCGGGGAAGUUUUUAACGAGUUACCUUAUCACAUCAUUUGGAAGCACGACGAUGACAGUUUAACGGUGAACACAAGCAAAGUACUUCUGAGAAGAUGGUUUUCAUCUCAACAGGACAUCCUAAGACAUCCGAACGUGAAAUUAUUUAUAACGCAGGGAGGUUUGCAAUCGAUCGAGGAAGCUGUAGCGUACAAGGUGCCAAUGAUUGGUUUCCCCAUGUUCGGGGAUCAGAAAGGGAACGUUAAAAAACUGGUCGAGUCUGGAAUGGGCCUGGAAAUGGAAUUCGAAUCGGCAACAAAGGACGACAUCAAAAAGGCUGUUGUGGAGAUGAUGACCAACCAAAGCCUUAAAUUAAUAAUGAAAAUAACAAAAACCAUAACGUGUUUCUUAAUAAUUUUUGUGAUGUGCCAGUUUGAAUGGAGUAAUGGCGCCAAUAUAUUGGGAAUAUUUGCCUUGCCAUUCGACAGUCAUCAAGCUUUCUUCAGGUUAAUAUGGAAAGAAUUGGCCUUAAGAGGCCACAAUGUGACUGUGAUUGCCACCAGACCCUUACACGAUAGUAGUAUUAAGAAUCUUAAAGAAAUCGAUAUAAGCUUUAGUUUUAAAGUUUAUGAGGAAAUACAUUUCGUCGAGGAGGUUCAAGAAGUAAGUAACAUAUUUAAGUAUUGGUCUGUUCUUGCAAAUUCAUUGAAGAAAUUUGGCGUUAAACAACUAUCAGAUCCUGGCAUACAGGCUUUAAUAAAAGACAAUAACACCCAUUUUGAUGUAGUUCUGGCUGAAUUUGCCCUGCCGGCAUUUUUCUACAUGAGCGAACUAUUCGAUUGUCCUUUAAUACUAAUGAGUUCUAUGCCUAUCAAUUGUAUUACGUCGGUUGGAAUCGGUAAUCCUUUACAUCCACUUAUUUUGCCAGACGCUAAUUUACCGUUUGGUAAAACACUAAGCUAUAAGGAGAGAUUACUUUCUGUGAUUAAUUACAUUUGGUCAAUCACUUUUGUACAUUACGCAAUAUAUUCGGCGAGUGAUGAAGUAAUUAAGGAAUGUUUAGGAGUCGAAACUAAUCUGGCAGAAAUAGAGAAGAAGAGAGCCAGCUUAGUUAUUGCUAAUGAUGUCCCCGAAUUGAGUAAUGUACAUCUAAAAAUGCCAAAUGUUAUUGAAAUUCAUGGUAUUAAUUUGAAACCACCUGCACCAUUACCAAAGGAUUUAAAAGAGUUUUUGGAUAAUGGUACUGAAGGAGUUAUAUAUUUUAGUCUAGGGACUUUAGUACUAUCCGAUGUAAUCAAAGACAGACUUCAAAUUGCUGAAGAACUGUUUUGUGAACUUCCUUACAAGGUGGUGUGGAAACUCGACGUUGACAGUGUAAUUGUUGAUUCAAAAAAUAUCUUCGCUAGACAUUAUUUUGAAUCACAACAAGAUAUUUUAAGGCAUCCGAACGUGAAAGUGUUUAUAACACAAGGGGGAUUGCAUUCUCUGGAAGAAGCAAUCGCGUAUCACGUACCUAUUAUAGGUGCGCCUUUUAUAGGCGACCAGAAAGGGAAUAUUAGAAAAAUGGUAGAUUCUGGAAUGGGAAUAGAAAUUGAUCUCCAUACAGCAACGAAGGAGGAUAUAAAAUCCGCGAUUCUCGAAGUUAUGAAUAAUCCCAAAUACCUAGAAAGAGUCAAAGAAGUAUCAAAGUACAUGUUCGACAGGCCCAUGAAACCCAUGGAUGAAAUCGUUUGGUGGAUUGACUAUGUUAUCAGACAUAAAGGAGCUUAUCACCUUAGAAGUCCACUUCAAAGGCUCAGCUGGAACGAAUUAUUCCUUUUGGAUGCACUUUUCACUAUUAUCUCCGUUUGUGCAGUUCUGUUCUAUGUAUCAUACAAAUUGUUGAAAGUGAUUUCAUUGAAAUUAAUUUAUUUAACAAAAUUUAGAAAAAGUAAAACCGAAAGUGGAGCAAUCAUGAAAAUUAGAAGGUUCUGUUGCCUGCCAAUUUUUUUGGUGUUUACCCAGUUGAAUUUUAUAGAAUGUGCCAACAUAUUAGGGAUAUUUCCUACACCUGUGAACAGUCACCAGAGUUAUUUUCGAUUAAUAUGGAAAGAACUGGCCCUCAGAGGCCACAACGUGACCGUCCUAGCCACAAAACCCCUCAACGAUCCCAACAUCAAAAAUUUGAGAGAAAUCGAUUUGGGUUUUAGUUUCAAAAUGCUUGAUGAUCUUAAUUUGGUUAGAGAGGCCCAAAAAGGUAUGUUUUUUUUCAAUUUAUGGCAUGUAGUUGUCAGAGGAUUGAAACACAUGACCGAAAAGCAACUUCAGCAUCCAGAAGUACAAGAACUGAUAAGGGACAACAAUACACAUUUUGACGUGGUAUUGACUGAAUUCGUAUUACCAGCAUAUUCUUAUAUGAGUGAAUUAUUUGAUUGUCCAAUGGUAUUAAUGACAUCUCUGGCGGCUAUUCCUCUUACCUCGUCUGCAGUUGGGAACCCUGUGCAUCCCCUUGUUACGCCAGAUGCUAAUUUGCCUUUAAGAAAAACACUGAAUUUUAGAGAGAGGCUGAUUGCUGUAAUUCACAGAAUAUGGGCUACCUGCUACGCUCAUUCUUUUGGGUAUGAACUGCAAGGUGACGUAGUAAAAAAGAUUUUUGGGGUUGAAAUUGAUUUGGCCGAAGUGGAAAGGAGAAGGACCAGUCUGGUUAUAGCUAACGAUGUCCCAAUAAUCAGUAAUAUUCAUGCACGCAUGCCGAACGUUAUCGAAGUGCAUGGAAUUCACUUGACUCCACCUGCACCAUUAUCACAGGAUUUAAAAGAAUUUUUGGACAAUGGCACUGAAGGAGUUAUAUACUUUAGUUUGGGCACGCUGGUGGUUUCCGAUGAGGUCGAAGAUAAACUUCAGCUUAUGUCGGAAAUCUUUUCCGAAUUGCCUUACAAAGUAUUGUGGAAACUGAAUGUCAAGAAUAUAUCAAUUAAUACAAAGAACGUUUUAGCCAAAUCCUAUUUUAAAUCACAACAAGAUAUUUUAAGACAUCCAAAUGUGAAACUGUUCAUAACCCAAGGAGGAUUACACUCUUUAGAAGAAGCGAUAGCAUAUCAUGUUCCAAUUAUUGGAAUACCAUUUGUAGGUGACCAGAAAGGUAAUGUCCGAAAAAUGGUACAGUCAGGAAUGGGAAUUGAACUGAAUCUCAAAUCGGCUACGAAAGAAGACAUAAGAUCUGCAAUACUCGAAGUUAUGAAUAAUCCCAGUUAUAUGGAAAGAGUUAAAGAAGUUUCAAAGUACGCAUUUGACCAACCGAUGAAGCCCAUGGAUGAAAUUGUGUGGUGGAUCGAAUAUGUAAUUAGGCACAAGGGGGCCUAUCAUUUGAAAAGUCCGUAUCACAGUUUGAGUUGGAACGAAUAUUAUUUAGUUGACGUCGUUCUUACAUUUAUCAUUCUUGGAAUCACAAUCUUAUAUGGUGCUUAUAAACUAUACAAGUUUGUCUUAAAUAAAACGUUUAAAUCAAAAGAACGUGUAAGAGAGAAAACAGAAUAGAAAAUAGUAAUAAAUUGUAUCUUUAUUUAUAAAUUAUUUAAUUAGGCUUU